AUGAAUAAGAUCCAACGACGUCAGGCUCGCCGCUCGCCUAUGCCAAUGGCGUUUUCCAGUUCCCAGUUCCCACCGAGUCCAAUUUCCAAUGCACACCCCGUUGGGUCCCGUUGUGGAGACCGACAUUGGCCAAAUCUCCCCAGCGUACGCUACUUCACGGCUUGCACGGUACCUGCAUCCUGCGCAAUGGUCCUUGCUUCUGGCCUCCAAUCGACGGACUCGGACACUAACAGCUCUCGCCUGACGGCCCUGGCUCAGGACUCUCAUUGGAACCCUGUCCAUGCGUAUGCGCCCUUCAGAGAGGCUCCACGCCCGACGACGGGAAGCCUGCAGCAUCGACAGGGCAUCGCCUGGUUCUGGCUAUGUCGUCCGAACCCGUCAGCAAGUUUGCCAAUUCCAAGUUGUCUAUUUAUCACGAAAUGCAGCUCCUACAGAGCCAUCGGCCCAAACUAUCGGAUACGGCAGCUCGCUGGAUCCGGCAGCCUCUUAACCUCCGUUAGGAAUACAUGCAGGGGUCGCACCCUCGCUCUCUCCGUGAUAGGCUUGGCUCUCUCCAUGCUUUGCAUAUUAUCCACCCAAGCCACUUACUCCGUACUUGGAUCUCGCACCUGCUCGCUCAGGGGGCGUUUCACUCUGAUACUCGACUGGAAUGGAAGGGCACCAGAACCACGGAGUUUUCCUCGGCUUGACUCAGAUGACGUAAGUAUAACUCUCUGA